AUGGCGCGUGCGUUGGACACGCCGUUCCUCCAGUGCCUCGUUCGCUACGACGCGGACCCGAACUUCCAGUGGCAUCGCCGGGUCCUGCUCGUGAAGGGGGACGCCCAGAAGUGGAUCUGGCUCACGCCGGACGGGGAGGUGGCCUUCGCGGACCUUGCUGGCUUCAGGGUCCUUGCCCUACGGAGGUCGGGCCACUUCCCCCCCCGGCAUGCGGGGAACAUCUACUACACCUUCGACGAUGUGCCGCCGGAGGACAUGCAGGCCUACCUGCAGGAGGCUCGCGCGCUCGCCGGGAUCCCUGGCUUCGCCGUCGAGGGAGUGCCCGGGCUGCCGGGCGACAAGUGGUACGUGUGCGACCCGACCUCUUCGCACUUCGGGGAGGAGGUGCCGCAGCAGGCCCUGGAGAACGAGGAGACCCUGGUCCGGCGUGGGGACGUUGGCUUGUUGUGGCUCGACGAUGUCUGGCUCCACUCCGUCCGCGUCCCCGAGGGCGGGAGCUUCGACCUGUACCUGGCGCGUGCUCGUGGUGGUGCUGGGCGGGGCCCCCGCGUCGUGGGCGACGAUAGGGAUCCAGACGGCGGGGGGUUCAUCGACUUCCGCGAUUCGGUUCGGAGGAUGAAGGAGGCGACGAUCCCAGGCUGGCCGCUGCAGGGCCGGAGGGCCGCGAAGGAGGCCAUCCUUGCUCUCCGCGACGGCGGCCAGUCGAACUGGGAGGAGCACCGCGCGACUUGGUUGCGUCGCAGUGGCGUCGCCGAGCGGGGCAAUGUGGCCCGCGAGCAUCGCAUGAUUUGCGUGGCCCUCCAGAUGAUGCAGCAGUUCGACCGGCUGGACCUGUUCAAUAUCGCCGGCGCGGAGUACCUCAUCAGGCGGCUCAAGCAGCUGGAGGCCGCCGCGCGCAAGAAUCCGCGGGCCCCGGACUGCGAGGGCCUUGAGCUCACCCUCGACACGGCCGUCGACGACACGGGCGGCAUGGUGUUGCCGGAGUUCGACGGCUGGGUUGGCGACCAGGCCCGGGCGCGGGCUCUGACCAUGAAGGCGAAUCGGCAGUGGCAGGAGGAGAGGGCGGCCGCGCAGCCCAAGGCGCCCCCGAAGGGGUCCAAGGGCGGCGGGGCCGACGGCGGAAACGGCUUCUUCAGCGUCGCUCUCGUGAACGCCGUGUUCGAGAGGUGCGUGGCGGAGUAUGGCCCUCGCCUGGCUGGCCUUCGCCCCCGCGGAGCCCUUCAGGAGCUCCUCAAGUCCGACUCGCUCUACGGGGGCGCGCCGUGCAAGGUCGUGCCUUACGGCGAGUCCAAGCUCAAGUUUUGGCCGUCCACCGUCGCGCCUCGCGACGUGGGGGAGGUUUGCCCCAAGUUCGUUGCGGGCGCCUUCCGCGGCCCCGACGCCUACAUUCGCAAGCCCGACCGCGUGGUGGAGCGGGGCCUUGAGCUCGAGCCGCCGGUCACGCCGUGCUGGGAUGUGCGGCUCGCUGGCGGCCCCUGUCUCCGCAAGAAGUUCCUGCUGGGGUUCGCGGGCCGCGGGCUCGUCGGCGUCCGCCGGCGUAUCAGGUCGAGGGUGGGCUGCUUCUUCGUCGAGAAGAAAGGGGGCUGGAGCCGCCUGGUGGUCGACGCUCGGGGCGUCUACCGUGCCCGCUGGGCGCCCCCGCGCGCCGCCUUGGGGGCCCCCGCCGCCCUCGGCGAGCAGGAUUGGUCCGAUGCGGCCCUCGCGGAGGCUGGGUGGCGGGUCCCCGACGGCUCGCCGCCCCAGGUCUUCGGGGCCUCCCUCGACCUGCAGGACUCGUUCUACCAGUUCUUCGCGGAGCGGGUCGCCGAGGACUUCGGGAUGGACUUCCCGGAGAGGGCCGCGGACCAUGGCGUCGCCCACAUUUGGUCCCCCGACGGCCCCUCCCCGGUCGACCCCGACGAGCUCGUCUUCCCCGUCCUCCGCGGCGUGGCCAUGGGCUGGUCCUGGGCGCUCUGGGCCGUGCGCUCGUCCGUCACGUGCUGGGUGGUGGACGCGCUGCCUGGCGGUGCCCGCCGGCUGGUGCUUGACGAGCAGCCGGCCCCUGUGGCGGCGCCGUCGCGGCCGACUGGCUCCGUCUACGUCGACGACGUCUCCAUCCUGGGCCCGUCGAGCUCUGACGUCGGCGGCGCUCUGGAGGCGACGAAGCGCAAGCUCGACUCGCUCGGCGUCGCGUACCACGAAGUCGAGGGGCCGUCCAACCACUUCUCCACCGUCGGCGUCCAGUACGACGGCGAGCGGCGACGGCUCCGACACUCGGACCAUCGGUCCUGGCGCCUCUACCUGGCGUGCGG